UUUCAUUAUAAAUUUGUGUAAUUUUAUUGAAUCAUUUUUACUGAUUAUAAGAAUUAUUCCAUUCAACGUUGGAAUUGGAGAUUGGGAAAAGGGAAUUUUCAAAGGUGAACUGUUCACGAAUCGUAGUUGAAGUUACUUAAAACAUGUCAAUAUUUGCAUUUGAUAAUGCGUCAACAAAAAACAAUCAAACGAAUUCUACUUGCAUCUUACAGAGUCUUUUUAACGUGUCGAAUGAAAUUUGUUCGAACAGAUCUAAUUACACGUUUAUUUGUGAUCCAAAUCCAGUUGUUUUCAGUGGUAUCAUAUUAACAUUGAUCGGAUUAGUUCUUGGAUUAAUGAUAAUAAUUAUUAGUAAACUACAUACACCAACCAAAGAGAACAUUAUUUUCAUCGUGAUAACCAUGAUAUUUUUAGAUGUCGGUGUUGCAUUACUAAUUUUUGUGGGCGAUACUAAAAGAGAAAUAUUUACUUGUUGCAAAUAUGGUUUGUUGGUGCUUCGAAAUGAUAAUUGUGUUUUUAUGGUCAAUAUAUUAUCUGGAGAGUUGCCGCAAUCUUUUCUAUAG